AUGAUUCUUCGGUUAGAAGUCGUUGCUUGUCUUCUCUGCCUCCUGUCGUUAUCCGUUGCAUAUCGAUGGAAACGAGAUUUUAUGUACGUUUCAGAUGUUAACGGCACUGAUGCUGACUGUUUUCAGAAAUGUAAUGCUAAGUUUCAACAUGAUUUCGAGUAUAGUUUCAAUAUGUCAGCGACGAUAUUUUAUGAUUUCCCAUUCCAUCCUCUUGUAUUGGAUUAUACUACAUUUUUACUAUACUGUAAACUUGCCGAGCAACGUACUAAAUGCUAUGUGGAACAAUGUAAAGAUACAUCAGCUGAUACGGUAUUCUCACCGUCAAAUUUUAUUUGUUCCUUUAAACGCACACAUUUCACCGAGGUACGGCAAUGUUUAGCAGAUGCUGAGCCAAUCACAUUUUUGAAGUGCGAUCAUCAGUGCCAUGACGAGGUUGUACGAGCUAAUCACGAACAAAAGGAUAAUGGGAUGAACCAGGUCUUCUCCUCUUCUGAUAUUAGUGGAUACGAGAAGGAGCUUGGCAUGUUGUGCUCGUUUCAAACAUGUUAUCUUCAAUGCAUGGUGCCAAUAGUUGAUGAGGUUUGUUCAUCGGAAAUGGCUCAGAAAACUGUGAAUUUGGUACGAUCGUUCGUUCAUUGGCAUGCCACCGACAUUUCCGAUUGGCAUGCGGUUGCCGGUCAUUUUGAAGCGUUACCCAAGAGCUGUAGACAAAUAGCCGGUGCACAACCUGAUCCCGUAUUGCAGUUGAUAAGUCGAGAAUAG